UCGGGCCUUCCACCUUCCUCUCCCAUAGAAACCCUAAUAUGCACCGGUGAACGACUACAUUCUCCCCUCUCCGAUGGCGAGCCCGUAAUUAUUUGUCGAGGCAGUGGCGUUAAUCACCCCCGUCUAUAUCGUGUGUACGUCAAACGAACACCGCGCUCUCUCUCUCUCUCUCUCUCUCCAACCCCACACCAAACCCUGACUCCCCUUCCCGACGAAACCCUAACCCUAGACUUCUCGUAACCCUAAAUUUCCUCCGCUGAUAUGGCCUGCGAGAGCUGAUCCCCUCUCUCACCAUCGGCCGCCCGAGCCUCCGGCAGCGAAGCGAUGUCGCUGGACGGCGCAGUCGAGAGGAGGGAGGGGUCGCCGGCGGGCAACGGGAACGGGAAUGGGAACGGGCCGGUGAUGGCGCCUCCGGCGAGGCCGACGUACGGGGACCGGCGGCUGAGGCUGAAUCCGAACACGGAGCACAAGCCGGAGCGAUACGACGACGUGCAGUCAGAGUUUGACCCCGCCAUCUUCAGCUCCCUGGAGCGGCACCUACCGCCGAGCAUGCUCGAGGUGCCGCGCGACGCCAAGGUGCAGUUCAUGAAGGAGAUCCUCGCUCGGUACUUGCCAGAGGGGGAACGAAACAGGGUUCAGAGGCAUAAAGAAUACAGGCACAAACUAAUGUUGGCUUAUCAGCCUUUACAUAAGGAACUCUACAAUCUGCAUCCAUCAGCUUUCUUUGUGCCAUCAUUUCUUAAAGCGGUCAAUGACAACCCAGAGGAGAGCUUUAGAAAUAUAUUAUCUGAACCCUCACCUGGAAUUUAUACAUUUGCUAUGCUUCAGCCAAGUUUCUGUGAGCUGCUAUUAGAUGAGGUAGAAAAUUUUGAAAAGUGGGUUAAUGCAGUUAAGUUUAAAAUAAUGAGACCAAAUACAAUGAAUAAGUAUGGUGCUGUGCUUGAUGAUUUUGGCCUGGAAACCAUGCUUAAUAAGCUUAUGGAAGAAUUCAUAUCACCAAUAGCUAGAGUAUUUUUCCCUGAGGUUGGUGGAUCUACUCUGGAUUCACAUCACGGUUUUGUCGUUGAAUAUGGGAAGGACAAGGAUGUUGAAUUAGGUUUCCAUGUGGAUGAUUCAGAAGUUACUUUAAAUGUGUGUUUGGGGAAAGAUUUUUCUGGGGGUGAAUUGUUCUUUCGGGGUGUUCGAUGUGAUAAACAUGUGAACACGGAGACACAACCAGAGGAAAUUUUAGAUUAUUCUCAUGUCCCUGGUCAAGCUGUACUUCAUCGUGGCCGUCAUCGGCAUGGUGCUCGCCCCACAACUUCUGGACACAGGAUCAAUAUGCUUUUGUGGUGUAGAAGUUCAGUCUUUAGAGAGAUGAAGAAAUAUCAAAAGGAUUUCUCUAGCUGGUGCGGUGAGUGUCAGCGCGAGAAGAAAGAACGGCAGCGUCAGUCGCUUGCUGCCACCAAGAUGGCAUUUCUUAAGGGCUGUGGAGGAUCAAAUAUAUAAGGUGCUUUUGUUUGUAUCCAAAAUUGGGUGGUUGUAAAGUAGCGUGCUUGUCACCCAGAUUGACCUUUGAUUUGUCUAAGGUGGUUAUCUUGUUUCUUUAGAUUGUUGUAAUCACUGAGGAUAUUUGUAUAUGCCACAGUUUAUCUAUAUGAAUGUCUUAUAUUGCUCGCAGGAAUCUGACCAUACCGGUAGCUUCAGCUUUGUUUGUUGAAUUGGACCAGCCUUCUUUAAGUUAUAGCGGUCGGUCGGUAGCAUUUUUUGGAAAAUAAUCCAUUUUGUGCCACAAAAACAGUGUUGGAAAUUUCUAUGGUCUCACUGAUCGGUUGGACUAUGUUCCUAUUGUAACUGUUAUUAGUGGCUCAUACAUUGUGGGAAGGAAUUCCAGGUAUAAUGCCUGAGAAAUUCCAUCAAAAGAUUUCUGUGAAUUGGAGAAAUGCUAGCAAGAAUUAGUGGGUAAAUUUUUGUAGUCCUUUGAACAUGCCACCUCUGCAUUUUUAA